AUGUUCAAGAUUGCGCUUAAGGAGUGCAGGCACGUGUUUGAGAAUCUCGGCUCCAUUGUUGAUGUUGGUGGUGUCUCCAAGCUUAUUCAUCAAGAGUUUUCGCAGUUGAAGUGCACCGUUUUUGACCAGUCGGAGGUUGUUGGUAACCUCAAAGGAGAUGGGAAUUUGAACUUUGUUGCCGGUGACAUGUUCAAAUCGAUCCCUUCUGCCGAUGCAGUCUUACGGCGGCGACAAAGAAUCUUGGAUUUUGUAUUCAUGGCACUUUUGGAAAGGAGAAGGGAUUGGAAGCAUUAUGAGGCAGAGGAGCUGGACAAAACCAAACAGGGGCAAUGCAAGACGGAAAGAGGCGCUGUUGUAAAGGACAACGGAUUUGAUAAAGUUAUCCUUGAAGUGGAUGCUAUGGACGUAUGGAAGUGGAUCACAUCACAGGAAACAAUCAACUCGUAUGCUUCCUUUUCAAUGUUUAUAGAACUUGAAUAUAUGCUUAUACCCAGAUAA